AUGCCGCCCAGAACGUACUCCGUAACCCCUCUAGGGUAUCUCGUGCUGCUCCUGCUAUCACUCGUAGUCAUAUGGCAAGGCUCCCGUCUCCUCGCCCCGGAUCCCAAGGCUUUGAUACCAGCAUCAUGGACCGCCCAAAAGCCAGCGCCGUUACCGCCAACGACAGGCAACGCAUGGACGGACGCCGCGGAUUUGGCGAUGGUGGAGGAUACGAUCGAAGAGAUGCUCGACAUCCAGAACGUCCUCCCUCCCCUGCCGCAUAUGUAUGCCUCCCAGUUCCCAAACCUCAAACUCCCGCUCCCCCUCCGGCGAUCGUCGCAUCAUCUCAUACUGGCGCAGAGACUACAUUCCUUCCUCACGAGGCCUGUCUUGUCGCACAAGCAAGCUUUGAAGGCGAAUGAAGAAGGGUGCCCGAGGGAGACGGCGGAUGGGCUGGUGAAUCCGGAGCAGUUUGAAGAUGGGAAGGAGUUUUGGGAGGGGGUUGGGGAGGGGGAGAUUGUGAAAAGGAGGGCGGAUGUGGUCAAGUAUAUCUCGGAGAGGUUGGAGGCUGGGCAGGAGGUUAUUGGGCGGCGGGGGAAGCUUGGGCAUGGGAGGGGGAUUGUUUUGACGGGUGGGAAUAAGGAUACGACGCUGAGGACGAUAACGACGAUUAAGCAUCUGAGAGGACUUGGGGUGGACUUGCCGAUUGAAGUGUUUCAUUACCCAGGCGAAAUCAGUAAUCGAAAACAACGUCAAGCUAUUGAAGAGCUCGGUGCGACUCUGCGCGAGGCAAAGGGUCUUUCCAAAGAACCCGGAGCUUGGAAGAACUGGCAGAUCAAAGGCGCCGCCCUAGUCGACUCUUCCUUCCGCGAAAUCAUCUACCUCGACUCUGACAACACCCCCCUCCGCUCCCCCGUCCACCUCUUCGACGCCCCCAUCUACACUUCCUCCGGGCGGGCCGCCUUCUGGCCCGACCUCACCAAAGACCACCCGCACAACGCUAUCUGGCGCAUCAUAGGUGACACCUGCUCGCAAGACCUCUUCACGUUCGAGUCGGGGCAAAUCGUCAUUGAUAAAGCGGGGAAUGAGGGACUGAAUAUGGCGGCGCUGGUGAUUGCGGCGGGGAUGUUGCGGGAUAGGGAGUUUUGGUUUAGGAUGUGUGGGGGGGAUAAGGAUACGUUUCGGUGGGCGUUUAGGGUGUUGGGGUUGGAGUUUGGGGUGGCGCCGAGGUGGAUGGGGGCGGUGGGGAUUGAGAAUGGGUUUGAGGGGGGCAGGUUUUGUGGGCACUCAGUGUUACAGCACGACCUCAUUAUCCCCGAAGGAUUCACAAAAGAACCUCCUCUCUUCGUACAUUCCAACCUGCUAAAACAUAUGCGCAAGAUCGGUCUUCGUCAAGGGGACAUUUUCACCCAUACCCUUCGGAUGAAGAACGAUAACGUCUCCUCCCCAUCCCUCAACUACGCCCACUCGCACGUCUACAUGGGCCAAGCACGCGGGAUGUGUAUCGACACACAAUGGCAUGCCAACGCGCCGAAAUCGCUUCUAGAGGGGGCGGAUGGGAAGGAAGGGAUCGAGAUGGGGAGAGUGGAGGAAGGGGAGGAGGGGGUGUUUUGGGAGGGGUUUGAGGGGAGGUGGUGGGAGGAGGGAGGGAAGGUUGGGGGGUGGUGA